GAGAUUAAAGUUAUAAAUUAUAAAAAAAAAAUUAAUUAAUUAGGCCUCUUGAAUUUAAAUACGGGAAAUUAAUCUCUAAUCUUAUAAUUAAUUAAUUAAAUAAAUAAUAGAUUAAAACAAAAACAUAAAAAAAUGUAUUCAUAACCACAAGUAUAAGAUCUUUAUUAUGAUUAAAAAAUCAGAACAAUUGAUUCUAAUGGUUGUUGUGUGACAGAAGCAACCUAAGACCCCUCUGUAGAAUCCUUUUACUAUAAAGAGGAUCAUACAAAUUCAACUAGCUAUGGUUGUGAGGCAUAUUCCUAACCGCUGCAAUGCAAUCAACUUCAAUAAGAAUUCUUCCCGCAACAAAAACCUGAUGUUCCUGAAGUCUUAGAAGUUCUUACUACAUACUAUCCAUACCUUUAAUAAUAUGAUUCAUCUUAAUAAAACUCAACUGAUUAUACAUACCAAGACAUUUAACAUGAAAAUUUUUAAAUUUAAGUAUAACCAUAAUAGUAUAUUGAUACCUUCGAAGAAAAUAAUCUUGAUUAAUAUUAACCCUAUAUAACAGAAUCAGGUAAUACUAAUCCUUUUUAAUCUAUUAAUAAAUGUCAAUAGAAUACACAAUAUAAUUAAUAAGCACAAUUUUAAUAAUAGAAUUUUAAUCAAUAGCAUCAUCACCAAGAAUAAAACUAACAUUAACAAUAUGAAUAAUAAUAAUAUGUAUAAUAAUAAUAAUAAUAAUAAUAAUAAUAAUAAUAAUAAUAAUAAUAAUAAUAAUAAUAAUAAUAUGAAUAAUAAUAAUAAUAAGAAUACUUAUAAUAUUAGUAAUAAUAUCCAUCAUACGAAAGUGAGUAAUAUUAUUAAUAAUAAUAAUACUAAUAAUAAACUUAAUUAGAACUAUAAUUUUACCAAGUCUAAUAUGAAUAAAAAUAAUAAUAAUAAUAUUAACAACAAUAAUUAAUCUAAAAUUAACCAUGCUAUAUUGAUGAAAAAAAUUAUAUCUAGAAUUAAAAAAAUUAAAACGAAUAUUAAUAAGACUAUUUUUAUUAGAACCAAGUACAUUAAAUUGAACAAAAUAUAAAGAACUUAAAUUUGAACACACAUUAAGAGUAAUACAUAAGUUAAUAACAAUUUAACCAAUAUCAUCAAGAAACAUAGUUUUAAGGAGAUAUAUUAAAAAGUUAAUAAUAAAAUUAAUUGAGUUAGAGCCUAAAAACAAAAAAAAUUCAGAAAGAAAAGAAAGAUAAGCCCAAAAAUGAUUUAAAAGAUAAAAUUAGAAUUCGUAAAUAAAUAACAAUGAAAAAGGUGGCAAAAAAGAAUGAAAAAAUGCCUGUAAAACCAAAGAGACCAGAAUAAUCAACAUCAUUUCACAAUUAAUUCAAAAUAUUUUUAACUAAAGCUAUCCCAUAUAUUUGUUAAAAAAUUGAUGAAAGUAAAGAUUUAGAUUUAGAAACCAAGAAGAAAUACAAAUAAAUUAUUCAACCUUUUAAAAAUAAAAUAAAGAAAUCAGAUGUUUAUUUUCUUAUAAAUAAAUAUGAUGAAUUAUCUGAAUAAUAAUUUGAGAAAUUGUAAAAAAUAUGCAAAGAAAGUUAACAGUUGAUGAAAGAUGCCAAAUUUGAUCCUAAGAUUAGAGCUUUUUUGCAAGUUUAAGAUUUUAUUGAAUAAAAUAAAAAUUAAAAUGAAGAAAUAACUUUCGAUUGCUUCACAUAAGCUACAAAAUCUAUAAACUAGCUUAACUCUUUUAAUCGUACCUAUCUCUUUAAAUUCUGUGAAAGCGACUACUAUCCAAAAAUAUUUUCAACUAAAGCAAAUAAAAUUGAUUAAAUCUAUGUUACUAACUAUAUUAAAUUUGUUCUUAUGAAUCCAAAGAUUAUGGAAUGA